ACGUGGGUAUGGUUCAAGGAGUAUAAAACCUUUGCUCUAAAAUACACAUUAGGAAAUAAAAAAAGCAGAUAAGAAAAGGGCUUAAGACCAAAGCAGUUCUGGUUCCUGGGUAGUGACUGGAUUGGAGAGAGGGUCACGGAGAUGGUGGAGAAUUGGAGAGAGGUGGUGGUGCUUGUGGUGUUCACAGUCUGCAUUUUGGGGUUGAAGCCCAGAUGUGUCACUGGCGCCACAGAUCCAGGAGAUGCUGCUGCCCUAGAAGGUAUGUUUGGCAGUUUCAAUUCGCUACCACAGUUAUCACAAUGGGUUUCGAGCAAUGGUGAUCCAUGUGGACAGUCCUGGAAAGGUGUUACUUGCUCAGGCCAACGGGUUACAGAAAUUAAACUUUCUGGUCUUGGACUUUCUGGGUCAUUGCAGGGUUACCAGCUCCAAAGUUUGACAGCAUUGACUGUAUUGGACUUGAGCAAGAAUAAUCUUGCUGGCUCGCUACCUUACACACUUCCUCCAAAUUUGCAGCAAUUAAAUCUUGAUAGUAAUCAAUUUACUCAAAACCUCCCUUAUUGGACAAUGACUUCUCUUCAAUAUAUAAAUCUUGGUCAUAAUCAGCUACAGGGCCAGAUGAGCGACAUCUUUGGACACUUUUCUUCCCUCACUACAUUAGACGUCUCUUUCAAUUCUUUUACCAGUAAUCUACCUCAGAGUUUCAUCAACCUUACCAGUAUCACCUCAAUGUACCUUGAAAACAACCAGUUUGAUGGAACUAUCGAUGUCCUUGCCAAUCUUCCUCUUGAUACCCUGAAUGUAGCAAAUAACCACUUUACUGGUUGGAUACCGGAACAGUUGAAGAGUAUCGAUAUAACGAAGGAUGGUAAUUCAUGGAGCUCAGGCCCUGCUCCUCCACCGCCUCCUGGUACCCCUCCUGCUAGCAGCAACAGAAAUCAUAAAUCUGGUAGCAAUAAAUCUCCCUCAGAUGGUGGUUCUGGUGGUGGUAGCAAAUCAGGUAUAGGAGCUGGUGGCAUAGCUGGAAUAAUUAUUUCCAUCUUUGUUGUUGGGGGUAUAAUAGCAUUCUUCCUAGUGAAGAAAAGAUCCAGGAAGUCCUCAUCAGAUAUAGAAAAGCCUGACAAUCAGCCCUUUGUUCCUCUUGCUUCUAAUGAAGUGCUAGAAAUGAAAUCCAUUCAGUCCUCUUCCUCAAUUGAUACAAAAACCUUUGAUGUUCCUGUUUCAAUAAAUCUUCGACCCCCACCAGUUGACCGGCACAAAUCAUUUGAUGAAGAAGAUUUUUCAAAAAAGCCUAUAGUUGUGAAGAAAACUGUUCCACCUCCAACAAAUGUUACAACAUAUUCAAUAGCAGACCUCCAGAUGGCCACUGGAAGCUUCAGUAUUGAAAAUCUUCUCGGUGAAGGGUCUUUUGGACGUGUUUAUCGAGCUCAAUUUGAUGAUGGCAAGGUUCUUGCUGUGAAGAAAAUAGAUUCAUCAGCUCUUCCUGGUGAAUUGUCUGAUGAUUUUAUAGAGAUAGUUUCAAACAUCUCCAAGUUGCACCACCCAAAUGUUACAGAGCUUGUGGGUUAUUGUUCAGAGCACGGACAGCACCUUCUAGUUUAUGAGUUCCAUAAAAAUGGCUCGCUGCAUGACUUUCUGCAUCUGCCAGAUGAGUACAGCAAGCCAUUGAUAUGGAACUCCCGUGUCAAGAUUGCUUUGGGGACAGCACGAGCAUUAGAGUACCUUCAUGAAGUAUGUUCACCAUCUAUUGUUCACAAAAAUAUCAAGUCAGGCAACAUCUUACUGGAUUCCGAUCUUAAUCCUCACCUUGCUGACUCUGGCCUGGCAGGCUUUAUCCCAAAUGCAGAGCAGGCAUUGAAUCAUGAUGAUGCUGGUUCGGGUUAUAGAGCUCCUGAGGUAGUCAUGUCUGGUCAGCAUUCUCUAAAGAGUGAUGUUUACAGCUUUGGAGUGGUUAUGUUGGAACUUCUCACUGGACGUAAACCAUUUGAUAGCUCAAGGCCAAGAUUGGAACAGUCUUUGGUUAGAUGGGCAACUCCUCAGCUUCAUGACAUUGAUGCAUUAUCUAAGAUGGUUGAUCCAGCACUCGAAGGGCUCUAUCCAGUUAAAUCUCUCUCUCGGUUUGCAGAUGUCAUUGCUCUUUGUGUCCAGCCGGAGCCUGAGUUUCGACCACCCAUGUCAGAAGUGGUUCAAGCAUUGGUUCGCUUAGUGCAACGGGCUAACAUGAGCAAGAGGACAAUCGGAACAGACCAUGGAGCAUCCCAGCGAGCUGAGAACCCAGACACACAAGACUACAUGUAAUUGAUACAGAUUUCCGGCUUUGCCGUUUUGGUGAUGAAGACUAGUGAGAUUUGUAAUGAUGUUUAGUGUUUUUAUUCCUUUCCCAUACUCAUUUCAGAGUGUUUAAUCAUGUUACAACUUACCCCCCCUAACUUCAGCCUGUACAACCCCACAUUCCGUAAAAAGUCUGAUGGGGAUUCAUGCUGUUGCUCCUGUGAAAUGGAAUUUGUCCACGCUCCUUAAAUCUGUAAAUGCCAAACAACUCGUCUUCAAUAUCCAAUAAUAAGAUUUGCUUUUC